UCGCGAUUGAGGUAUGACGCAAGCUUCUUUGCUUUCAGUCUGAAAUUGUUGGGAAAACUUCGAGCAUCAGAUCAGAAAAUUUUUGGUUUCAAAUUUGUUCAUCUGGUAUUCCAUUUCUCCAGGAUUUCAACUGAUCAUCGCUUUCUAUUUCAAACGCGGACAUAAUGGCAUCCACAUCGUAUUCUAGAAGACCAUCGAGGGGAACUAUCGCUGAUUAUACACCGAUGACACAACCAUAUGUAUCACCUCUCAUAAUUGCAUGUAUGAACGAAGUUGAAUCACGUGGUUUGAGAAGGAAUUUUUUGUACAGACAGAAUGGCAACUUUGCCAUAGCCAAAGCAGUGGUUAGAGGUUAUCUUAUGACCAGAAGAAUACCCGACUUGAGAAGAGUCGAUAUACACACGGUUACCUUGACUCUGAAGAUAUUUUUGUCUUCAUUGAGCGAGCCACUCAUUACGGAUGAACUCCGGAAUUCUUUCGUUGGCGCGUCUCGCAUAGCUGAAAAAUUAACGAGGGAUGUAACACUCACCGAAUUAUUAAUAUUACUUCCGAAUGCGAAUGGCCAAACUCUCCGCUAUCUUUUAUAUCAUUUACGGUUUGUGACCAGUAUGGCACCGGGAUGCAGUUUUUAUACUCUCGCUUUCGUUUUUGGACCCAUAGUGGUCGGCGGGAGCUCUGAAUAUCUUACUCCACCUGCAUUAUCCAUUCGAAAAGAAGAUCAAAUUCAGGUUUUCAAAAGCUUGUUGGAAAUGGAUCAUUAUUAUAACCACGUUUUCUCUUCAAAGCUCAGGGGAAAUAUUCAUCGACGAUAAUAUACCCCGAUCGUAGUGACCUUCGACAGGAUGAAGAUGUCAUCUCGAUAUGAAAAACAAAAUUAAUAUUCGUAGUCAAUGCUUGAUAAUAAUCCUGAUGAUAAUCCAAUUUUUUGCGGUAUUUCAUGAUGAGAUUUAAAUUUCAUUCAACAUCCUCAUUUCAGUGUCAACUAUUUAUGUUGAAUAAAGACAUUAUAAAUUA